AUAGAAUUCUAGAAACCUCUGUUACCGUUCAUCAUACAUACUACUCAUCAUCUCUCGAACGUACUUUCACCGAAACCCCAAAACGCUACCAUUUUCUCGCAAUAAUCUCUCAAUUCUCGUAUUCCUCACUCAAAUUCGUUCGAUCUCCACCACAGGGGAGAUAGUUUGAAGAAUAAGAUGCAAGGUGGGAGAGGAAGAGGUAAUCCUUUCUUCGGUUUCGGUGACCCGUUUGGUAGUUUCGGUGGUAUACCUGAUCUUUUCGGAGGAAGGGACCCAUUCGAUGACCCUUUCUUCACGCGCCCAUUUGGUGGAAUAUUCUCGUCUGGCCCGUUGGGGAGUCCAUUCAUGGACUUAAAUCCAUUUGGAUCAAGCUUCUUCGGUCCAAGAUCAAACCCGUUCAUGGUUGAACAAGCACCUAGAAUUCCCGAAACCAGACCCAUGUUGCCAAACAGUUCAAGGGGACCAAUUAUCGAAGAACUGAACUCCGAUGAUGAGAAAGAGCAACCCGAUGCUGAUGACGGUAAGAACAAGAAUUCCAGAGAGCAUGUUAGGUCGGAGACACAACCUUACAUUGUGCAUCCUGAUGAUGACUUUGAAGCACACGUUGAAAGUCGAGAACCGAUACAGACACAAUUCGGGAAUGAGUUGAAUAUGAUGAAUAAUAAUACACGCUCAAAUCCGCAAGCUCAUAGCUUCACCUAUCAAAGCUCUACCGUUACAUAUGGAGGUUCUAACGGAGCAUAUUAUACUUCCUCAAUGACCAAAAGGGCAGGCAGUGAUGGAUUACGAUUUGAGGAAUAUAAAGAAGCAGAUUCGGUUACAGGCCAGGCAACUCAUAGGCUUUUAAGGGGAAUCCAUGACAAGGGGCAUACGGUUUCGAGGAAUCUGAAGUCAGAUGGUCAGGUGGAUACAAUGCAAGUGUUGCACAACAUCAAUGAAGAUGAACUUGAUGGCUUUGAAGAGGUUUGGAAUGGAAAAGCUAGGAAACAUCUUCCUGGCUGGACUGCUGGAUCUAGUACUCGUGAAGGGUUAGGUGAGCCAAGAAGGGCACUGCCAUCAACGGAGGAGUUAAGGAACCAUGGAAGUUCCUCUGGCUCACAUGUGGGUGUGAGAAGGAGAUCGGAUGGUGCGGAACAUGGUCAAUCAUCAAAGAUAAGGAGAGUCUAGGUCAAUGGGUUCUUGUAGGGUAAGUUGCAGUCGCGCUUCAAGGUGAUAUAUUCGUGCAGCACGAAUAUGGAUUAUCAUAUGGGCUUAUAUUAUAACUACAUGAUUAUUGCUAACAUGAAUGAAGAAUAAAGACCCUUUUGACUGUUACUCUGUUGGGUUGUAAGACUGUUUAUGGUCCAAGAGUUGUAUACAAUUGUUUAUUGCUAAAUUUGUUCCCUUCGUCUUGUAAGUUA